UUAAGAGAAAAUUUAAAAAAAUAAAAAUAAAAAUUCUGAGUAGAAUGGUGUCCAGGAUGAACAUCAUGGUCAUGAAGAAUUACUGAUCUGUAGGCUUUAUCAUUUCAGCAAUCUGUACAAGAUGAUGCAUAGCUGUCCAGAUUCCCCAUCACUAAGCUGUGCUCACAGAGUACAUGCUGUCUCAAGGACUUCAGCAUGCUUUUGCACCGUCCCCCUCCUGACUGCCUUUAGACCUUUGAGAACCCAGCACAUGCCCUCCUCUGACAUGCAUCACCCUUGCUCUAAUUGCUUGCUUAAUUGUCUUCCCCUCUCAUUCCUAAGCUUUUUUUAAGGCAGGGUUCACGUCUGUCUUGGUCACCGUGAUGUCCCUGAGGCCUCACACAGGGACUAAUAGUAGGAGCUCAUUUAAUGAGUGAAUGGGUACCUGAAUGAUGGAUGAAGUGUCUUUGCUUGCCAGAAAUAUAGCUGUCUUGCCGUGUUGUGCAGCUUCAGAGGAGGAGGCCCCCAGUGCCUCUUGGUCAUUUUUGCUGCUGUCUUCCCUAGUUUCAUAGUGCUUGCAAAUAUUUGUGUUGUUUCACGUGGGAAGAGCAGGUCAGCAGCUCACCCACGUUGGGUGGAACUUUGAGUUCUACCCUAGGAGUAGGGAGGAUGUUGCAGUCUCCAUCAACCCGGUUGCUCCCAUAUUUUGAACCUUGCCUAGUCAGGUAACUAAUUAAUGCUGAAGUUAACAGCAAAAACAUCAUUACGUCCCCUACCAAGAGCUCACGUUUACGGAAUGUUGGCUGUGUGCUAGGCUCAGUGCUAAAUGCUUCCUACUGAGGAUUAUUUGAUUCUCUAAACAGCUCUGCAAAGGUAGGCACUAUUACUCUCCCUCCUCUGUACCUGAAAACGUAUGGCCCCUCAUCCUGCAGUCAGCUAAUAUCAGAGCCGGGGCCCGUCCCCAGGCCAUAGCUUCCCUCCCCCAUGUUAUUUUGUGAACUCUUGUAAAGUUGGUAGUCACAUGCCAGCCUGCCUCUUCAUUGCUUUCCUGCCAGUCACUUGUGAACUGCUUCUCAGCAUUCUCAUAUGAUAGUAAGUACAUCAAAGAGUAGUGGGCUCGCCUUCAGAUGAAGAAAGUGGGACACGGGCAUAGAAAGUUGAAGUGACUUCUCCAUGGCCACACCAGGGUAGGAUGCCUCAUUGCCAUUGGUGGCCCCCAGUUGUAGUAUUUGCUGAUCCUGAAGUAUCCUGAAGGAUACUGAGGUCUAGGGGAACCAUCCGCUUCCCCACAUGCCCUGAGCUCUGCACGAUGGAGACCGAACGCAGAGUGUUGCUCAUUGGUUUGUACUCUGUUUCUCUUAGUGAAAAGUUACGCCAGUCCCGUGAUUUUCACCAUGAAAGGUCUUCUCUGAACCGGAGAGAGGCAUUCUGAAAGAAGUUAUUAAGCAUUAUUAAUACAAUUACAUAUAACAAAAGACAUAAUUUAAACUUCCCGACAUCUGACAAAGAAAUUCAUUUGAAGCUUCAGGAACUCCAGCUGGAAGGGCAGAGCUCAUCAGAGUGGGUUCUUCAGUCCGGGGAGUAUGGGCAAGGAACCGUGCUGGCUGCUUUGUCCUUGGGGACGCUUCUGUGCAUGAUGGACUACACCUGUCUCCUAGCUUCCCCAGUCCCCCCUAUCCUCCUCACGCACCACCUAAGGAACCCGCAGCACUCCCUUGAUCUCAGGCACAGGGUCGGUAUAUUGGCUUGCACUUGGGUCUCCCUGGCCCAGCAUACUGCCUAGGCAGCACUGAAAGAACAAUUGAUUUUAAACAGUAAAAGAUGACCAUGGAAAUACUCCAAGGAUAGAAACAAUGACCAUCCUAGUGGAAAGAAGGCCUUGGUGAUUUUUUUUUUUUUACUUCAUCCAAAAUGUCGGAAAGAACUGUUAUUUAGUGAGUGUGAUAUCGUGUCAAUCCUCACUAUGGUUGCAUUCAAUAUUUUUACUUUAUUGCCUCAGACUCUGAGCUAGGAGAGAGCAAAUACUGUGUCUGUGCUUAGUCCUCAGAACAGUGCAUGGCACAGAGCAGGUGUUCAGAACAUACUAAAUGAAGGGUUGGUACACAUGAAGAAACUGAACACCCCCAAGAGUUAAGCUACUAGUCCAGGGUCCCAUCACUUGCAUAAAUUAAAGCUGGGAUUCGGACCCAGGACUUCCCAGCCCUGUUGAGUUCUUUCUUCAUGAUUGCUUGGAUGGGCCCCUGUUGGUGCAGCAGAUGGGGAGUUAGAGAUCCAAUUAGAGACCCAAAGGUCUGGUCGGAGAUCCGGAAAAUGUGAGUUCUAGCCUGUCCUUGCUGAAGUCCCAUUGUGACUAUGGGAAAAAAACCCUUCUCUACUCGAAGCCUCAGUUUCAGAAUCUGUAAAAUGGAAGAAUGGAAGCAGUGCUCUCUAAGGGUCUCAGGGUCCUCAAAUGCCCCUUGGCUGAUUUAUGCUUUCUCAUCUCUUCUACUCAGGAGGAGCUAGGGUCAGGGGUUAAGGGAGGGAAUGACUCAUUCAUCACCCAGGCACCUGAGGAAGGUAGUCUUGUGUUUUAUUUCAGACGUGCACAAAAAUUCGAGGAGGACCUAGUCUCCAGCCAGCAAACACCCGGAAAUGAAAGUUAAAAAGAGAAAAGUAGAGGCAUUUGAAGACUCGACACAGUUUUGGGGGAGGAAAAGACGAGCUAGGAUUCCACUCCUGGGUUGGUGCAUAAUAUAAUCUGAAACAGGCACUCAGGUUGAUAACUGCCCAGAUUUGAUCCCCAGCACAUAAGAGCACAGCCUUUAAAAAAGAAAAAAAAAAAAAAAAAAGGCAUGUAUCUUUAAAGCCUCUCUUCUUACCGGUGUUAUUUUUGUAUUCCUUCAGAGGUUACAGAGCUAGGGCCUUUGCAUCCCGAGAAGGCUUUCUUCCCUUCUCCCUGGCUCGGGGAUUAUUGAUUUGGAAGGCGAGGCUAAUUUACAUGUAAAUAAAUCUCGGUGCUGGGCAGCGGGACGGGACGUCCAGAUGCCGUGACUGACUUGCUGACGUCACGGCUUCAUUAGCAUGCGGAGGAUGUGGGCACUGCAACAGCGACUUCUCCGGCACCACCAGCCUCUCCAGCGACAGUUAUUAUUAUUAGUAUUUUUUUUUUUUUUUUGGCCGAGCUGCACAUUUCCUGGUUCAGUGUCUUGGGCUCUGCGACCAGCUGACUGGUCGCCCUGAGUCUGGCUCGGGAUCAGUUGGUGACGCUGAAGCUGGGGUCUGUGACUUCCUGCAGAUUGAGAAGCUGGGUUCUCUGGAAGGCAGUCGGAUCCAGAGGAAGGGUAGAAGUCACACUUUUUUCCCCCCUCCCCUGGUGGGUGCCCAGCAGGGUCUCCAUCCAGCAGUGCUGUUUUCCAUGAGCAGCUCGGGCUGGAGCCUGCUUCUGCUGUCGGGAAGGGUCUAGAUUUUGAGGAGGGUUUCCAGAAGAAGAUGCUUUGGCUGCCUGCGGUCCUGCUUGCGUUCUUAGAAGCCAGACCCGGGGAGAAAGUGAACUGUGGCAAUUGACAAGCUCAGAGGGUCUGGUUGAAGCUUCUCCCAAGACUGAGCAUUUUAUCCUCCCUGGAGAUAGGAAGAUCUGCUUGCACUGCAAGUGCCCUCAGGAGGAGCACAUGGUGACAGUGAUGCCCCUAGAAAUGGAGAAGACUGUCAGCAAACUCAUGUUUGACUUCCAGAGGAACUCGACCUCAGACGACGACUCAGGCUGCGCCUUGGAGGAGUAUGCCUGGAUCCCACCAGGGCUGAAGCCUGAACAGGUUCACCAGUACUAUAGCUGUCUCCCAGAAGAGAAGGUUCCUUAUGUCAACAGUCCUGGAGAGAAACUUCGGAUCAAGCAGCUAUUACACCAGCUGCCGCCACAUGACAAUGAGGUUCGAUAUUGCAACUCCCUGGAUGAGGAAGAGAAGAGGGAGCUAAAGCUCUUCAGCAACCAGAGGAAACGGGAAAACUUGGGCCGAGGGAAUGUCAGACCCUUCCCAGUCACGAUGACAGGAGCUAUUUGUGAGCAGUGCGGAGGCCAGAUUAACGGCGGGGACAUCGCCGUGUUUGCAUCGCGCGCCGGCCACGGGGUUUGCUGGCACCCGCCGUGCUUCAUAUGCACCGUCUGCAACGAGCUGCUGGUGGAUUUGAUCUACUUUUACCAGGAUGGGAAGAUCUACUGUGGCAGGCACCACGCCGAGUGCCUGAAGCCGCGCUGCGCAGCCUGCGAUGAGAUCAUCUUUGCAGACGAAUGCACAGAAGCCGAGGGGCGGCACUGGCACAUGAAACACUUUUGCUGCUUCGAGUGCGAGACAGUGCUUGGCGGCCAGCGCUACAUCAUGAAGGAGGGAAGGCCCUACUGUUGCCACUGCUUCGAGUCCCUGUACGCGGAAUAUUGCGACACCUGUGCUCAACACAUAGGGAUCGACCAAGGUCAGAUGACCUACGAUGGCCAACACUGGCAUGCCACCGAGACCUGUUUCUGCUGUGCCCACUGCAAGAAAUCCCUCCUGGGGCGGCCGUUCCUCCCAAAGCAGGGCCAGAUAUUCUGCUCACGGGCCUGCAGCGCCGGGGAGGACCCCAAUGGCUCUGACUCAUCCGAUUCGGCCUUCCAGAACGCCAGGGCCAAGGAGUCCCGGCGCAGUGCCAAAAUCGGCAAGAACAAGGGCAAGACGGAGGAGCCCAUGCUGAACCAGCACAGCCAGCUGCAGGUGGGCUCCAACCGGCUGUCGGCCGACGUGGACCCCCUGUCACUGCAGAUGGAACUGCUCAGCCUGUCCAGCCAGACGCCCAGCCUCAGCCGGGACCCCAUUUGGAGGAGCCGGGACGAGCCCUACCAUUACGGGAACAAGAUGGAGCAGAACCAGUCCCAGAGUCCUCUGCAGCUUCUCAGCCAGUGCAACCUCAGAACUUCCUACAGUCCGGGAGGGCAGGGGGCUGGGGUCCAGCCCGACAUGUGGGGCAAGCACUUCAGCAACCCCAAGAGGAGCUCAUCACUGGCCAUGAAGGGGCACGGCGGCAGCUUCAUGAAGGAAUGCCGUGAGGACUAUUACCCGGGAAGGCUGAGAUCCCAGGAGAGCUACAGCGAUAUGUCCAGUCAGAGCUUUAGUGAAACCCGAGGCAGCAUCCCAGUCCCCAAAUACGAAGAGGAGGAGGAGGAAGAAGAAGGGGGCAUCUCUACUCAGCAGUGUCGGACCCGCCAUCCAAUCAGUUCCCUGAAAUAUACCGAGGACAUGACGCCCACAGAGCAGACCCCUCCUGGCUCCAUGGAAUCACUGGCCCUGUCGAAUGCAACAGGCCUGUCCGCAGAUGGUGGCGCCAAGCGCCAGGAGCACCUGUCCCGGUUUUCCAUGCCUGACCUCAGCAAAGACUCUGGAAUGAAUGUCUCUGAGAAGCUGAGCAACAUGGGCACUCUAAACUCGUCCAUGCAGUUCCGGAGCGCAGAGUCCGUCCGCAGCCUGCUCUCCGCCCAGCAGUACCAGGAGAUGGAGGGAAACCUCCACCAGCUCGGCAACCCCAUCGGGUACAGAGACCUGCAGUCCCACGGAAGGAUGCACCAGAGCUUUGACUUCGAUGGAGGGAUGGCAGGCAGCAAGCUGCCAGGGCAGGACGGCAUGAGGAUCCAGCCCAUGAGCGAACGCACGCGGAGGAGAAGUAUCUCCCGUGAUGACAGUCGCCGCUUCCGACCUCACCGGUCCAGGCGUUCCCGGCGCUCUCGCUCCGACAACGCCCUGCACCUGGCCAGCGAGCGCGAGGCCAUCUCCCGGUUAAAAGAAAGGCCCCCCCUCAGAGCCAGGGAGGACUAUGACCAGUUCAUGCGCCAGCGGAGCUUCCAGGAGAGCCUGGGCCAAGGCUCCCGCCGGGACCUGUACGGCCAGUGCCCGAGAACGGUGUCGGACCUGGCUCUGCAGAAUGCCUUUGGGGAGCGAUGGGGACCCUACUUCACCGAGUAUGAUUGGUGUUCCACCUGCUCUUCCUCUUCGGAGUCUGACAACGAGGGCUAUUUCCUAGGAGAACCAAUUCCCCAGCCCGCCCGCCUGCGCUACGUCACGAGCGACGAGCUGUUGCACAAAUACAGCUCUUACGGCCUCCCCAAGUCUUCCACGUUAGGGGGCAGGGGACAGGUGCACAGCAGGAAAAGACAAAAGAGCAAAAACUGUAUCAUUUCCUAAUACGAUUGGGGUCAGGGAAUGGGGGAAGAUGGGAGCUAAGAAUGUAAAGUCAGAAACUUGCACUGUUUUAAAAUGUAAAGCGCUUUUGGGGGGGGUGGUUGCUGGAGGAGAAGAGGGAAACGCUGGCAGUUGAUGGAGGCAAGGUCAUAGACUGACUCAAUAGGUAGUCGCAGUUCUCGGCAUGUUGAAUAUUAUUUGCACAUUUCACUUUGGAAACGCUAUAGACUCUGUGGAGGCCAGAGUUGGUCACCUCCUUCCCGUCAGUCUGUGUUGAGUCGCCUUUCGCAAGAUGGCAAGUUGUUUCCCGCUCGCUUAUAUCCUCUCUGGCUCUCUCUUACUUUUAGGACCCUUUUUCCAGUAAGUGAUUUGUUUAUUAGCCAGGACCCCAGACUAAGUUAUUUACAUGUCCAUUGUAAAUGCAAUGUAAAUGAGAGUUCUGAUAAAAUAUUUUUGUAUUUUGUAAUAUCAAAGGAAUUUCUAUAUCGUAGGACUCAGUGAAGCCUUGCAUGCAUACCCAGCGUCGUCUUUGAGUAGUAUUCAGAGGUGGUCCAGGACCACCGUUUUGUUUUGUUUUUUCUUUUUUCUAUACAAAUUUGUUACAUGUCAGUGAGACCUUUUUCAAAGGAGUUCAUUCAAUUUGGCUUUUUGUGGCUGAAAAAAAAAAAUUAACUAUUACACCCAAAGCAUUCUAUGCUCCAUUCCAUCUUCAGGAGAGACAUCCUUAGGUCUGCUCCCACCCUCGGUAGAAUUUAUUCUCUACAAAGUGAUAGUAAUUUUUAUUAAAAUUGCAACCGUAACUUUUGCCAAUUAGAGAAACCAACCAGUGUCAGUCAAGUCCCGUGAGAAAUGCCAUCCCUGCUGGGAACACUGAAGUUGCUCACUGUUGACCUGUCCCUUGGGGAUAGUGAAAGUGCCCGUGAGUGGUGCCGUUGUGUGAUGUCCGCAUGACGUUGUUUUGAAUGUGGCAUUAUUUUCUGGUGCUCAUGUUUCCUGGAUUAUAUUAUCUGCUUUCCUUUACCAAGGCAGACGGAACAGCUGCCUUAGCCUGACAACCGGUUGUCCUCAGUGCAAACUUAGGCAUUAGACAUUUAGGGGCAGAAGGGUUCUGAGGGGCUCUGGGAGUGACGGGGGGUCACACGCAGAUUGUAUGCCAUGCAUGGAGAAGGAACAAGGCAGUUUCAAAGCAGAAAGCAGGUCAAGGGUAGAGACUGAAGGGGAAUAUGAAGGAAGGUCAGAGCAAAGAACUUCUGGAAAGGAAGUAGACUAGCGGUGACCACUACCUUGAAUAACCCCACAGUGCUUGUGGAAGGAGUCCAGUUUAACCCACCCCGUAACCAGAGUGUCUGGGUUACCCAGGAGAGGGAGCUGCUCAGGAGAUUUCAGGGUAAUGGCCUUGCAAACCAACCAUUGUUGAGAAGGGGAUUUCCAUUUUGAACUUUGGGGACUGUUGGUCAGACAGAAAAUGGGCUCAAAAGUGAGUUUGCUUAAAGAAGACAUUUAGCGGUUGUGUUGUUUAUAGUAAAAAAAACAAAAAAAACAAAAAAAACAAAAAA